AUGUCAGCUGUUCAUAAGGGGAAGAAGGCAGUUCAGGCCAACGGGCAGCUCAGGUAUUCUGCCAAGCAUAUGGUUACCGGUGCUCUAGUCGAUGCAUGUGUUGAUGCACGAUGGGAUUUUUCAAUUGCCACUGUGUUGGCCAAGUUGGUAUCUGCUCGAGAGAAAGAUGACCCGGAGUCUCUUAAACUGACGUCUAUUUAUAUGGCCAUGCUACUGCUCGUACCUCAGCAGAAUCGGAGUGUCUUUAGUUCGAAUAAGCUUAUCAAUGUUUGGAAGGUCGACACAGUGGUGGGAAAGGGAACUGAUGAAGGUGGACACUGUAUUAAGCCUGCGAGAUUGGUUAUCACAGUGCCUGACUUGGUCUGGUUGGCUGAUGCGAUUGAACAGUAUCUUUACGAUGAGUAUGGUGCUGAUACCGGUGAUUAUAGAUUGAACUUGAAGAAGAUUGUGGAUCCAUUGAAGCAUCUUGUAGAACAAGAUCAUGGCUCUACCAUUACGCGGGAAAAGAUUAUCAACAUUGCUAGCGAUCGUGAUGAAACCAAAGCCCGUGAGUUUUUACAACAAGUUGGGAACAGUAUAGACACUCGUAAGCGGGAAAGAGAGCAUGAGGAAUCCAUUCGAGAAGCUAAACAGCUUCGAGCAGCAUUGGAUGCUCGGUAUAACCACGUUGGAGGAGAGCAUGACGUCUGUCCAAGCUGUGGACUUGCUGGACAGGUCCGUUACAGGUUCCUCGAGGGCUAUGACCAAUCGGACUGUCGUAAGACCGAAGUCUGGGGUGGCUCCACAGAGAUGCAUUCAACAGGGCCAAGAAAGGAGGCUAAGUGCGCCAAUUGUGAUAAUGUUUGGACCUUUGAUGACUGA